AUGAAUCGUACUCAGAUUCGGAAUGCCAAACGCAGAUAUGCUGCAAGAUACAGAGACAAGGUCGCCUCAUCAAAGCAACCGAACGACAGUCGAGGCACUGGCAAGUAUUCUGAGCAAGGUCAGUCCAUUAGGGUCGUUUCGUUUGAACAGCCGAAUGAGGUUGAGGAAGGUCGGUUCAUGGAAGAGCCCCUUCAGAGCAGCCGACCAGCGUUCGAGGAGUUUCAUUUGGAGUCUUUGACUGUUCAACCCGAAUUGGAAGUUGGUAAGGAAGUUCCAGAGAAGGAUUCAAGGUCUGUCAAAUUUCGACUAGGGCCACAAGAGCCAGAAUGGGCAAAGAUUGCAGACCCUGACUCUCAAUCAGAGGUCCCUCCAAUUGUCUUCCCUCCUAUUCCAGAAGGCAUGGCGUCUCAUUUGAAGCCUCUGUACGUUAAUGCUCAUGUUUGUGGGAAACCAAUUACAAAGGUUUUCAUUGAUAAUGGGGCCGUUUUCAAUGUAAUGUCAUUAAAGACUCUCAAAAAAUUGGGGAAGGGGAUUCAUGAUCUAUCUCCUGUGGAUUUUGAAAUGACUAGCUUUACAGGGCAGCCGACCAGACCAGAAGGCAUGUUGGUCGCUUUCAUUGAAGUCGGUCCAAAGAAGAUUUUUUCUGUCUUCUUUGUGGUGGAUGCAGACACCACAUAUUCAAUCCUGCUUGGACGAGAUUGGAUACAUGCAUCUAAAUGUGUGCCAUCAACACUGCAUCAGCAAUUGAUGUUCUGGGAAGGCAAUCAGGUUUUUAAAAUGGAGACAAAUGACAAUCCUUUUGAAGCAUCAGAACAAGUAGAAGAAUCAGUUUUCUAUUCUGCUUGGGACUAUUCAGAAAUGCCUGGUCUGGAGCGAAGUUUGAUAGAACAUCGACUCCCCAUUAAGAAAGAUUUCAAGCUCUGUAAGCAAUUUCCAAGACGUAUGAGUCCUGACUUGAUGCCUCAGAUUAAAGAAGAGAUUCAGAAGCUUCUUAAAGUGGGUUUCAUCCGACCUUGCCGUUAUGCAGACUGGUUGGCCAACAUUGUACCAGUGGUUAAGAAAAAUGGUAAGAUCAGGAUAUGCAUUGAUUUCAGAGAUCUUAACAUGGCCACCCCUAACGACGAGUAUGUGAUGCCUAUGGCCGACAUGCUAAUUAACUCAGCAGCAAGGCACAUAAUUCUUAGUUUGAUGGAUGGUUAUGCAGGAUAUAACCAAAUCUUUCUAGCAGAGGAAGAUAUUCAUAAGACAACAUUUAGGUGUCCAGGAGCAUUAGGCAUUUACGAGUGGAUGGUUAUGCCUUUUGGCUUGAAGAGUGCUGGGGCGACUUAUCAGAGGUCCCCUAGUUUUAAGGAACAUUUGGAGGAUCUUAAGGAUGCUUUCAGUCGGAUGAAGAAAUAUAAAUUGAAAAUGAACCCAACUAAGUGUGCUUUCGGUAUAACAGCUGGGAGUUUUUUGGGGUUCCUGGUUCAUGAGAGGGGUAUCGAGAUCAAUGCUAACAAAGCCAAGGCAAUUCUUACCAGCCGACCACCUCAGACGGUUAAAGAGAUUCAAAGUCUGUUAGGGAAAGUGAAUUACCUCAGGCGGUUCAUUUCUAAUGUGGCUGGCAAGGUCAGGCCAAUCACUAAAUUAUUGAAGGCAGGAGGAAGCCCCUUUGAGUGGGGACCAGACCAACAGAUGGCGCUGGAAGCUAUAAAACAAGCAUUAACUUAA